ACAGGACCUUCUCCUGGCAGCGGCCUACGUUUCUGAUGCCCAGUACAAUAGGAAUGUUCCAUUCCAAACAUCCCCUCAGGCCAUCAGACUUUACUACUUUUAUAAGCACUGGGCAAUGCGAGCGGCCACGUACGUCUUCAUUUGUGUACAUCUUUCCCUUGCGCUGUUUGAGGAACCUGCUUUAUUUCCACUGCCUUUCUGGGCCACCUCGAUAGCAGAAGUGCUGUGCCUGACUGUAUUCUUUGGGAGACUGGUACAUUUUGCAAAAGUCACUCCUCAGAUGGUUUUUUGGAAGGACACAAAAAACAUUUGCAUCAUGGUGACCAUCGUGCUGACCUUGAUUGAUCUGAUUAUCUAUGGCUCUCUGGAAGCUGUUUACAUCCACAGCGUUCGAUGGUCAAGACCCUUAAGACCAGUCUUCCUAAUUAAUUUCUCUGAAAGUCGUCAGAUUCGAAGGGCUUUCCGAAGCAUCCGGAACACCCUGCCUGACAUCCUCUACGUCUUCCUCCUGUUCCUUUUUAGUGUGCUCAUAUUCUCCCUUAUGGCCUUGAAGCUUUUUGGGGACAGGGGACUGAGAACAGCAGAAGGAGCUUCCUACUUCACGAACAUUCUGGAGACAGCAUUUGAGCUCUACGUGCUGGUCACUACGGCCAACAGCCCCGAUGUCAUGAUGCCUGCAUAUAACUUCAAUUGGUGGUACUCUUUGUACUUUAUAACCUAUAUCAUCAUCAAUACCUACAUCUUCAUGUCUGUCUUUCUGGCUGUGGUCUACAACAAUUACAGGAAGCACUUAAAGAAUGAGAUUCGUAAACUGGCAUACCUGAAACGACACAAAAUGAUAGAGGCAUUCAACAUUCUGAAAGUCAAGGUGGGCACAGAGUUUAUGGUAAAGGAGGCCACGUGGAAGCGGCUGGUGAAGGUGGUGGCGCCAGACAUCAGCAGCUCCCACUUGGAGCUACUUUUGAGGAUCUCCGACGAGGGACAGAAAGGGCAUGUGGACAAAACGAACUUUCUCCGCUUGGCUGACCUCCUCAACAUCCAGGUGGUCACCAUCAACAUCAAGAGACAUCCGCUGGAAGCCUGGGUACCCCGGGUAUACCAGUCGUCUGCCAGCCUUUUAAUCAAAAAGAUGGUGCGGCAUAGGAUUUUUAUCUGGGUUUAUGAUGUCAUCAUUCUAAUCAAUGCCAUAUUCAUUGCACUGGAUGAGAAAAAUCCCUUCAUCUCCUAUGCAGAAUGGCUCUUCCUUUCCCUUUAUGUAAUCGAGAUUCUCCUGAAACUGUACACGUACGAGCCCAGAGCGUAUUUCGGAAGGAAGCAGUUCUGGAACUGGUUUGACAUGCUGAUCAUCCUUGCAGCCCUGGUGGCCACUGUGGCCAAUGCUACCAUUCAGUCAGCAAGAAAAUACAACAGUCAGCAGAUACUGGAUAUUGUCUUGAUAUUGAGAAUACUGCGGCUCUUAAGGGUCAUCGUCAGCAUUCAGAGAUUCCGGGUGAUAGUGACCACUUUAAUUAACAUUGGCCCCACCAUGCUGAUGUUUGGCGGUCUUGUCUUCGUGGUCUACUAUGCGUUUGCUGUCAUUGGGAUGGAAGCGUUCCAUGGCAAAGUCCAGUUCUUUGAUCCGAAUUUCACCACUUCUGAUGCCCUGGUUUGUGGGAACCCAGCCUUAAAGGGGUCAGCAUUUGCCCGAGACAGGUACUGCAAGAACAACUUCAACGACCUCGCCUCUUCCUUUAUUGUGUUGAUGGAGCUUACGGUGGUCAACCAAUGGCAUGUCCUGGCAGAUGGCUUUGCCCUUGUGACCCACCAGGCUGCAAAGCUGUACUUCAUCUUGUUCCACAUUGUGGUCGUCAUCCUCAUCGUUAAUAUUUUUGUAGCAUUCAUCCUGGAGGCCUUCUUUGUGGCGUAUUCAUUAGAAAAAAGUGAACUAGAAACUGCCAUUGAGAAGAAGAUUCAAGAGCUCGGAGUGGGAAUCCAAGAGGACGAUGUGCAGGGUGGGAAGCUCACUGAUAAUGUGGAUGCCAAGGACAGUGGCUUUAGUGGGGAUGAUGGAGACAACAAAAGGAAGGCGUUGAAAGGACUGUACUGCAGAAUUGCAUCAAAAAAAUACAGGACUGGAUGCCUUGCUGCAGAGAUGUUCGAGUCUGAAAUUGGUCCUGAUGAGGAGAGCCCUUCUUUGGAUGAGAUUCUGAACUUCUCACCCAAUGAUAUAUACCCCAAGAAUCCCAAUUUUUGA